UAAAAUUUAAUUGCAGCAGUCGCCGGACAAAGUUUUGGGUGGAAAGCUUGUACUGUUCGCCGGCGAUAUAAUCUGGUGACAAUGAAAGCCGUGGUAAUAACAAGCUUUGGCGGUCCGGAAGUACUUCAGCUGCAAGAAGUCGAAAAUCCUAAAAUCGAAGACGACGAAGUCUUGAUUAAGAUCGAGGCAACUGCAGUAAACAGAGCUGACACCAUUCAAAGGAAAGGAUCGCAUCCUCCUCCGAAAGGAGCAAGUCCUUAUCCAGGCCUUGAGUGUUCCGGAAUCGUCGAAGCUGUCGGGAAAAACGUCACCCGCUGGAAAAUCGGUGAUCAGGUGUGUGCUCUUCUUGGCGGAGGGGGCUAUGCCGAAAAAGUAGCUGUACCUGCUGGACAAGUUCUUCCUGUUCCACCAGGCAUUUCUUUGAAGGAUGCUGCUGCCUUUCCUGAGGUGGCUUGUACUGUCUGGUCAACUGUUUUUAUGAUGAGUCGCCUGUCUGCAGGGGAAACAUUCCUGAUUCACGGUGCAUCUAGUGGAAUCGGCACAUUUGCAAUUCAGAUAGCUAAACACCAAGGAGUGAGGGUAUUUGUCACUGCAGGGAGUGAGGAGAAAUUGGCUUUCUGCAAGGAUCUUGGAGCCGAUGUCUGCAUCAAUUAUAAGACUGAAGAUUUUGCUGCACGGGUGAAGGAAGAAACAAGAGGGAAAGGUGUUGAUGUUAUACUGGACAGUGUUGGGGGUCCCUACUUCCAGCGAAACCUUGACAGCUUAAGUGUUGAUGGUAGGCUUUUUAUCAUUGGCUUCAUGGGUGGAGCAGUUACAGAAGUGAAUCUUGCAAGCUUGCUCGCAAGACGCCUUACAGUACAAUCUGCGGGCUUGAGGAACAGAAGCCUUGAAAACAAAGUAGUGAUUGUGAGUGAGGUGGAGAAGAAUGUUUGGCCGGCAAUUACUGCAGGAAAGGUAAAACCUGUUGUUUACAAGUCCUUUCCAUUGGCCGAAGCAGCAGAGGCUCACCAGCUCUUGGAAAGCAGCAUUCAUAUUGGGAAGAUAUUGCUAAUUCCAUAAGCAUCUUUUGAUUAGGUCAAUCUCCUUGUCAGCAUAUAUGCACAAAACCAAUGUCAAGUUGAUAUAUGGGAAAAUUUUAUCUUUUAGUUUCAUUAUCUAAGAAAUAAAGCAGCCUUGAUCAUGAUAGCUGUGUCUACAUAAUUCAACCUCUUUAAGAACUUAAGCAUAUGUAUGGGAAUUGAUCUUGUGAGCUUUACCUUUUCUAAUUGCUGUAUCUUGAGGAGUUGAAACAAUAAAGAUGUUGGUGUAUUUCAUGAAUGCAAUAUCAUUUUUCCUAAACA